AAUAAAAGGCAUAUUAAGGUUGGCUGGAGUUGGUCUGAUCUAGGUUGGGCCCAUCUGGACAGCUCUGCAUCUCACCGAAAGACUGGUUCAGGCAAUUCUGCUCCAUAUGCCUCUCAUUCUUCUCCUGGGACCCAAGAGCUAGCCAGGAUCAUAAGACUAUAUACUCAUUAUAGAAAAUCUAGAAAUCCAGAAAAGUAUAAAGGAAUAAAAAUAAUAACUAACCCAUACUCAGAUACUAAUGGAAGAGAUGUUCACAUAUUGAGGAAGAAUUCAGUGAGUGACAGAGUGAUUGGUAAGAAGUGGAUUUAUUUAGAGAGAAACACACUCCACAGACAGAGUGUGGGCCAUCUCAGAAGUUAUUCUCGUCCAUCCUCCCGGGAAAGACUAUCAAGCUUGGACCCAGCCACGCCUCCCCACCUUGGCCCUACCCACAUCCUGGUCCCGCCCCCUUCGGGCCCUAGCGUUCGGUUUCCAUGGUUACACCGCUGCCUCCGAGAGAGCCCAGCUGCCCAGAAGGUCCCCGCAAAGACCUCGGGGAAGAAUCGGGUAGACGCGGCUCCAGCUCUCCAUUCCGGCCAAAGUCAGUCCAUUCGAGGCUCCGCGCCCUUGAGCCCGGGGUGUACCCCGCGAGGAAGCGAGCGUGGGGCCGUGGACAGAGCCUGGGCCGCUGGAGCAUCCCGUCUAGCCUGGUUGAGGCUGAACUGUCGAAUGCCUCCCACUCAGGCUGAAAGUGUUAUAAAGAAUAUCAUUCGAGAAAUAGGACAAGAAUGUGCAGCCCAUGGAGAGAUUGUUUCUGAAACUCUGGUUGCUUUUAUGGUGAAAGCUGUUGUCCUGGACCCAAGUAAUGGCUUUAACACGGAUAGAACUCUCAUGAAAGGUGAUGUGCAGAAACUUGUAAAGCUUUGCGUGACUCGGCUAUUAGACAGUAAAAAUCCUUCCCUGGACACCAUUAAGAUGCAAGUCUAUUUUGAUAUGAAUUAUACAAGUCGAGAGGAAUUUCUCGAAGAACAUCACCGGGUCGUAGAGUCUAGAUUAAGCUCUGUUAGCAGAGAAAUUACAGAUAGUCGAGCAUGUGUUCGAGAAGAGCUGGAAAGCCUCUACCGCAAGAUCGUCAGCUACGUGUUACUGCGCUCUGGGCUGGGGUCCCCAACAGACAUCAAGAUUGUCAGAGAGGCAACAGCUGCCCUACAGAGUGUUUUUCCUCAGGCUGAGCUUGGGACAUUUCUAACUCUUUCUAAGAAGGACAAAGAACGCCAGCUGAAAGAACUCACCAUGAUUGUUACUGGAAUUCGUUUAUUUAACCGAGACCGUGGAAAGGGAGGAGAAGGCAUUGAUGACUUGCCAGCUAUUCUUCGGGAAGCAAUCCCAGCCACCACUCAGCAUGUUGAUUCCCAACUUGAGGUGGUCCAGGACCGGGCAUACCGCUACACAGCCAUCCUCGAGAAAGGAGCAGAGAACCCACUCUUGAGUCGAGAACUUCAGCCCUAUUUGUUAAAAGAAGCACUGUAUAACGUGCGACAAUACGAGAUCUUCCUUCAGAUCAUUUUGUCGGAUAUAAUUACUUGUGCUCAAGAAGUGGAAAUGAUGAUAAAGCAGUUAGGAGCCCAAUUGGAACAAUUAAAAUUUACUGUAAAAUCAAAGACGGCUGUCCCAACAUCACAAGUCUUUCCCACCUUCAUUGCCCUUUCCAAUCUGUGGACUAGCUUUCAGGAUGAAACUGUUUUGAUUAGCAUCCUCAGUAAUUUAACUACUCAUCUUGAGCCAUUUCUGGGGACUCAUGAACUGUUCUUUCCUGAGAAAGUGACGCAAGCUCUUCUUGAUGGAGUGACUGUGAAAACUGAUGUGUGUAGAAUGAAAGAGCACAUUGAAGAGAGAGUAAAUCUGGCGGAUUUCAGAAAACUAGAAUGGCUUUUCCCAGAAACAACAGCCAAUUUUGACAAAUUGUUGAUUCAGUAUCGGGGAUUUUGUGCUUACACAUUUGCUACAACAGAUGGUCUUCUUCUUCCAGGAAAUCCAGCAAUUGGAAUUUUGAAAUAUAAAGAAAAGUAUUACACUUUCAAUACCAGAGAUGCCGCAUAUUCAUUUGCAGAAAAUCCUGAAAAUUACAUUGAUAAAAUUAGAGAAAAAGCCAAAAAAAAUGCAGAAUUGAUUCAGCUACUGGAACUUCAUCAACAGUUUGAAACCCUUAUUCCAUAUCCUCAGAUGAAAGAGGUUGACAAACAUUAUAUAAAACCAAUUGCAAAGUGUGAAAGUAGCACACAGACGGAUACACAUUUAUUGCCACCAACAAUUGUGAGAUCAUAUGAGUGGAAUGAAUGGGAAUUAAGAAGAAAAGCUAUAAAAUUGGCCAAUUUGCGUCGGAAAGUUACUCACUCGGUACAGACUGAUCUUAGUCACAUGAGAAGAGAAAAUUGCUCCCAGGUGUACCCUUCAAAGGAUGCUAGCACACAGUCAAUGAGGGAAGGCAGCAGCCGAGUGCCCCGGCCCCAGAUUUACAUAGCUGGUUUCCGCGGGGGCCAUACCAAGACCACCUAUGAAGUCAAGGUGAACUUAACUAGAGCCAUUGAUGAAACCUAGUUAGAGACCACACUUUUAACGUAGAUACCACUGAAUUGUGAACAAUGGCAUAUAUUUAAAAGUAUUUUUGCAUCCAUGAAAAUUAGCUAAUUUUGUGGGGCUGGCACGUUCAUUGGUGGUAUGAAUGUUUUUGGGUUCUCACCCAUGUGUACUGUCAAACUGCUACAACAAAUGAAAAAUUGUUUUCUGUAAUACAUUUUUCAUUCUAUUAAAAUUGCAAAGUAAAACUCUG